AUGAAGCCGAGUGGUAACCCGCCCAGCCUGAACAUCGGAUCCUCUUUCGCCACCUCGUCAACCGCUCGCCCGGCCGCCACCUUCCGUUCGCGGCCGUUCUUUGCAACCCCUUCCAAAUCCCCCUCCUUCUCGCUCCCCUCAUUCCCCUCCUGGUCCCCCUCCUACUCACGGUUACUCUGGCCCUUCACCUCCUCCCCUCGCGCUGCCUUCCAUCCCGCUUCCCUCUCCUCCUUCCCCUCGCGACCCUCUCACUCCUCCCCCUCCUCCCUCCCCUUCCGCCUCCCCUUCCCCCUCCCCUUCCGCCUCCCCUUCCACCUCCCCUUCUCCUGCUCCCCUCGUUCCAUCUCCCUUCCGAAGCUCCUACUCGCUCUCAUCCUCUUCUCCCUCUUCCUCCUUCUCGCGCCCCUCCCAAAAUGGCCCAAGCGCUUCCACUCCCCUUUCUCCGUCAUCCCCCCUCCCCCCGACGGCCUAUCCUUCCUCCCCUCGCGCUGCCCGCCCGCCUGCUCCCGCCACGGCUCCUGCAACGAGGAGGCGGGUAGAUGCGACUGUUUACCCGGGUACACGGGGGUGGACUGCACGGAGUUGGGGUUACCCUCGUGCCGGUACGCGUGGGGAGUGGAGAUGCCGUGCUUCCUGCCCUCUUCCUGUGACUGUGCGCUCGAGUGCGAGCGCUUCUUUCUGCCCCAUGACGAAUACUGCUUCCCCAAUAACGGCACCUUUUGGAAGGAGCGAACGAUCGGGGCCAUCAUAACGCGCAUGCCACUGCGCCUGCAGACGGAUGGCAACGGCACUGAAACUGGGCCGCGAGAACCCUUCAGUACGAAGGAAGGAGGGGGCGGGGCACAGGACAGGAAAGUAGUAUGUGUACGAUGUUCCCCUCCACGCCCCUCCCGCCGCACCCCUUCCCAUGGCUUGUUCCGCUCAACAACUGCCCCAACUAUUGCUCUGGACGUGGGCUCUGCGAUGCCACCUACUGGGAGUGCAGGUACGAAGGAGGGAGGGGGAAAGGGGGGGAAGAGAGGAGGGGGCGGGAAGAGGGGAGGACGGGAUGGGGUGGGUCACUUUGCAGGCUCGUGUGCCCCUGGUACCAUGACGGCAGUGCAUGUGCCCCUGGUACCACGACGGCAGUGCAUGUGUCCCUGGUACCACGACGGCAGUGCGUGCGAGGACGAGAGCUUCUCAGUGGCGUGUCUCAACUCACUUACACAUGUGGGUGGGUGUCCUUGGUACCACGACGGCAGUGCAUGUGAGGACGAGAGCUUCUCAGUGGCGUGUCUCAACGACUGCUCGCAGCGGGGCGACUGCGAGGGGGGCGUGUGUCAAUGCCAGGCGGGCUUCUUUGGUGCCGACUGCUCGCUCUACUAUAAUGAGGAGCUGCGUCUGAGGCGAAAAGGAAACCUUUUCUCACCAUCGCCAACUCCUCUUUCCCAUCCUCCACCUUCCCCGCCCACCAAUCAGGAGGCUCCCCGGAUGCAGCACUCGCCCUACAUCGACCACCCCGAAGCCCUCUGGUUCUGGGAGCGGCUACUCGCCAGCCGCCACCGCACCAUCGACCCGCGUGAAGCUGAUUACUUCUACGUGCCUCUGCUCAUCCGCAACCGAGACAGUGGCAAGCAGCGGCUCAUCUCAGAGACCAUUUCCUUCAUCCGCUCGCUCGGCCCCUUCUGGGACGCCAAGGGCGGGGCAGACCACAUUUUCCUGGUGAGCGAGGAGUACGGCAAGUGCGCCCUGCAGCUCUACGGGCUCGAGGACCCGCGGCUAGCUUCCGCAAUCACCCUCACUCCAUGGGGGUACACUUGCAACAUGCUCGGGACGCCAGACGGAGGCCCGUGCUUCCGGCCCAGGCAGGACAUAGUGAUUCCGCCCUCGGCGCAUCUGAGGUUCCUGCAGAAUGCGAGUAUGGUGAGGGAGGCAGGAGGGCUGCCUGCGCUGGUGAGGGAGGGAGGUGCGGAUGGGGAGGGAGAGGUGCAGCAGCAGGGGCAGGAGCAGCAGGAGGAGGGGAAUGGUGGGCAGGGGCAGGGUGGGAGGGAACGACAGUACCUUUUGUUCGUACGAGGGCUGAAUGUGAGCGACGGCAGCAGCACCUGGGACGAGGAGGCACACCCGCAGGAGCAGGGGGGGCAGCGGCAGGGAGACAACAAGGAGCAGCAGCAGGUGCAGGCAGGGAGGAAGGAGCAAGGGGAGCCGCCGUUCAGCUUUGGCGUGCGGCAGCGGGUGUUUGAGCUGUACGCGGGGCGGGACGGCGAGACGGGCUUUAAGGUGGAGGUGGUACCGGAGGGCGGCGAGGAGCUGGCGUAUGGUGGCAUGGAGCACAGCGUCUUCUGCCUUGCCACCGCGGGCCACGGCUGGCAUGCGUCGCUCGCCAUGGCCGUGAUUGCGGGUUGCGUGCCCGUGGUCAUUCAGCCGGAUGUGUUGCUUCCCUUCGAAGGAGACGGAGUGGACUGGAGUCAAGUCUCAUACCGACUCAGCAUUCGAGACAUUCCCCAGCUGCACGAACGGCUGCAGGCAAUCCCGCCAGAAGACAUUGAACUCAAGCAGAAGCGCCUGCGGCAGCUAUGGCCGCUCUUCAUCUGGUCCGCGCCGCAGUUCAAUCCGGUUGAUUUUCUGCCUGAGGGGGCCCAGAUGAAGGUGACUAGAUUGCUUGCGCAGUAUGAUGCGUUCAGCGCUGGAGCUCUCCUGAAGCUGCCUGCAGCAGCUCCCAUCUCCGCUCCCCCAUCUCGCACACUCACCGCCGUAGUCGCUCACACCGGCGCAUUUCCCUCGAGGAGACAGACGGCAUCCAGCAAAAGACCAUUGUCAACGCCGAUGCGCGCGUCGGAGCUGACGGCGAUCGACACGUUUACGGCAGAACUGGACGAGCUGGAGGGAAUGAUUGACGGAGAGUACGAGGAGGUUCCGGUGCACACGGUGACGGUGCACGACCGGGAACGAGGAGUCACGUAUACGGUCGACGUGCCUCAGGUAAGACUCGAUGACGCGUAG